AUGGUUAAGCCACUAUCUUUCAAGGGCGAUAAGAAACCCAAGAAGAGAAAGCGUACUGAGGCGGAAUCUUCAGCUGGAGAUGCAGGGCCUAGCAAUCCCACUAUCACCGCGACGGCUGAGGAUGCGGAAAACGACGACAGUUGGGUAUCAGCUGAUGCCGUUGGAGAUGUCCAAGGCCCUGUCAUGAUCGUACUUCCAACAGCACCUCCGACUUGUCUGGCCUGCGAUGCUAAUGGCAAGAUCUUCACCGACCCUAUCGUAAACAUCAUUGACGCGAAUCCUGCCAGCGCUGAACCCCAUAAUGUGCGCCAAGUUUGGGUUGCGAAUAAAAUCUACGGUACCGAAAGCUUUAGGUUCAAAGGACGCUAUGGAAAAUACCUCAGCUGCGACAAGUACGGCAUCCUUAGCGCCACGUCCGAAGCUAUAUCACCGCUCGAAACGUGGACCGUGAUCCCGACUCCCGAUACGCCGGGGACAUUCCAGAUCCAGUCCCAGAGCGAAACCUUCUUAACCAUCAAGGAACCUACGAAGGCGAAUGGGGUGCCCGAGGUCCGUGGUGACGCGACAGAAAUCAGCUUCGACACUACAUUGAGAAUCCGCAUGCAAGCGCGCUUUAAACCCAGAUUGAAGGCAACGAAGGAGGAGAAAGCAAAAGAAAGGAUUAGCCGGAAGGAGCUUGAAGAGGCCGUAGGCAGACGACUCAACGAGGAUGAGGUUAGGACCCUGAAGAAAGCAAGAAGGGAGGGUGACUACUAUGAACAGCUACUGGACCUGAAGUCCAAGAGUAAGCACGACAAAUACUCUUGA